AAAAAACGGCAAACGUUCCAAAUCUGAAAAAGACGCAGCCCAUGGAUCUGUGGGGUUCUUGCUGUCGCCCAGAUCCGAGAGCCUUUUCAAAGGUUAGGAUUGAGCCCCUUAAGAGAAGAACCCCGGCGGUGUCCAAAGGAAGGUUUUCGGAGCAUCUGUGCGAUGUUUCCCGAGGCGAGCGAAGGCGCACCUAUUGGCGCAACCUGCAUUGCAACCGUUCCGGGACGAAGAGCGUGAAAAUUAGGAUUUGCCUUAAUCCUGGUGCGAGCCAGCGCUCUAGGCCGCGGAAGGGCGGCCGGUUUGCUGCGCGGCUCCGCCCGGCUGCAACGAGGGAGCAACCCCGGCCAGAGGCGGCGGGGAGGGCGGUCGCUGGGAGGGGUUUUGCGAGGGGCGGCGUCUGAGCUAGAUGAGGAGGCGCCCAGAGCCGGCGACAUGUCUCUUGAUGUGGAGGAUAAAGAUGAUGACUUCCACUCCAGCACAAACCUUUUGUACAAGCCAGUGAGCCCCACGAUCGGAGAAGAGAAACCAGUCCUUGACGAGCCAGUGGGAAACCAGCAAGUUUUCGGCAAUCCUAAAGACCACUGGAAUGCCACCUAUAUUAUUUUCUUCCUUCUUGGGACUAACUCUCUCUUGCCCUUAAACUUCAUCAUCACUGCAAAGCAUUAUUGGAUGUAUAAACUUCAGAAUUGCUCAGAAGAAACUUCUCUUGUAGAGCAGGGAUCCUCAGAUAUUCGUAAUUUCUUUGAAAGUUACAUUUCUGUGGCUUCCACUGUGCCUUCUGUCCUGAGCUUGAUUGGGAACUUCCUGCUAGUCAACAAGGUCUCUGCCAAUGUCCGUAUCCUCUCUUCCUUGGCUGUCAUGCUGGCUGUCUUCCUGGUGAUCACUGUGCUGGUCAAAGUGGACACUUCUGCUUGGACUCUCUGGUUUUUUAUAAUCACCAUCGUUUGCGUGGUGGUCCUCAGCAGCGCCGCCACCAUCUUCUUCAGCAGUGUCUUUGGCCUGUCAGGAUGCUUUCCCAUACAGAAUUCCCAGGCACUGAUUUCAGGUCAGGCCAUGGGGGGAACAGUGAGUGCUUUGGCAUCAGUGGUGGAUCUGGCAGCAUCGUCAGAAGUCACAAACAGUGCUCUGGCCUACUUCUUGAUAGUGGACAUCUUCAUCGUUCUGUGCGUUGUGAUGUAUCUGAUCCUUCUCAAGCUGGAAUAUUCCAGGUAUCAUAUUACAAGGCAGAAGAGCAGGAGACGGCCACCAAAUCCUUUGCCUAGCAGUGACUUGGAGGAACAGGACAUGGCAUCAGGUAGCAGCAGCCAGCAAUCACCAACCAGCAACUAUACUGGAAGAAUCCCCCCUCUGUGGCUCAUCCUGAAGAAGAUUGGCAUGUUAGGUUUCUGCAUCUUCUAUGUCUACUUCAUCUCUAUCAUCAUUUUCCCUGCAAUCUCAUCCGGCAUUGAGUCUGUGAACAAGUUCUCAGGGAGCCCGUGGACAGAUAAAUACUUCAUACCUCUCACUAGUUUCCUUCUGUAUAAUGUUGCUGACUGGUGUGGACGGCAGAUCACUGCAUGGAUCCAGGUUCCUGGACCCCAUAGCAAGUGGCUACCUACUGUGACUCUGCUGAGAACUUUUUUCAUUCCCAUCUUUAUGUUAUGCAACUAUCAGCCUCGAAUGCACAUUGCAAAAGUAGUCUUUGCCCAGGAUGUGUAUCCAGUGGUGUUUAUUGUGUUCCUGGGACUCAGCAAUGGCUACCUGAGUACCUUAUCAAUUAUAUACGGUCCCAAAGUCACUCCUAACGAACUGUCAGAGGCAGCAGGAGUGUUGAUGGUGCUCUUCCUGCAGGUGGGAUUAGCAUUAGGGUCCGGCUUCUCAGUUCUUGUUGUCCAUCUUAUCUAGGUGGAAGAUUUCAGGCCACUCCUGAAACUCCACUCCAAGGACAUUUUCAAAACGGCAGAGCAAACACGGGCCACACUGGAGUGUUCCAUUUCUUAGGAAGUGGUGUAGCCUCUCUUGCCUUUGGUUGUGCAGGAAAAGCUUGGAAAUGCACCACAAAAUAUAGAAGUGAAAUUCAAAGCUUGGGGUAUAUUAUUGAAGGUCUCUCAUUUUCUCUGGGAAGGGGUUUUUGUUUUAGUGGUACGUCCAUUCAUUUAGCAGUGGUGUUUUUCUAAAGACGUGAAGGAAUUACAUUCUGGAUUCUAAUGUUUUUAGUAAAAUCCGUCCUUUAAAAUAUUCAAAAUAAUAACAGUGCAUUAGAAGAAUUCUGCAAAAAAAAAUCAUUAACAUUUCAUCUUUCGAUACAUAUUUUAUAUGACCUUUCUUAAGAGAAAUAUGCCUGUAAUACUGUCUCUGUUAAACAUAAGUUAAAGAUAUAACAAAUGCAGAUCAGUCAGGAAGGAUUCUCAAAAGCUUUUCAUACCAAGAGUAGCUGAGGGACAAUUUUGGUUGAAGAACAGGUACCAUUAAACAAUAAAACUUUGGUGGAUGUUUCUCAAGUGCCAAUGGUAAAUUACAAGGAUGAGUGCCAAGGAACCUAAAUUAACCAGGGACUGAACAUGGGUAGUAUAAAAUGGGACCAACUAGGAUUUGUCAUUUCACUCUAGCCAUACAUUUAUAUCACUUAGGUGAAAUUAGAAGUUGUAGCACUUUGUUGUAGGCUACUUUAGUGCCUGGCAGACUAAAUGGGUGUUUCUGAAUUCUGUUAACAUUAAUAAUUUUUAAUCUAUAAUUUAUGGAAUAAGAAACGUUAUGGGUAUCCAACAUGCCUACUGGUACCUCCCUUAUUCUAAAAAAAAUUCUUAUUCUAAAAAAAAAGUAAAAAAAAAAUAGAAAAUAAGCAUCCUGCAAAUCAACUUAUUAUCUUGGGUCCUCAAUGGGCUUGUAAGCUUUCUUGGAGAAAACAUGGGUUCCUGCAGCCCAGUGCUUUGCCUGCAGCCAUUGAACAAGAACACUAACAUGUUCCCCAAAUCCCAAAGGUGCUUUCCAGACUCAAAGGGUUAAGAAGCCCUUGUUUAAUGCCAGUAGUUGUUAAACUCAUUUCUAUUCCCCAGUCUGGCUGUGAGAAUAUACUUCAAGUGUUGUGGAUCUCUGCCAUUCAGAAAAGAGGACCAGAUGUUUAUAAACAAUGUGUCUUAAUCAAAUUAGGACAUUAGGUAGAUUUGCUACUUUGCUAUUGGUUUUUACUUAUUUAGGGCUAACAAUAACUGUUAUUUCUACACUGAACUGCAAACCUUUAUAGAACUUAAGUAGAGCAGCCAGAUCCAGACAGCAAACAUCUGAAUGAGCACUGGAUAGCAGCAAAAAAUUAGUAUUUUCUGUGUCUGUUUGCUGCCAUCUUGUGAUCAUUCAGAUUUUUGCAGUGCAGAUCUGGAUAGUGCUAACUUAAGUUCCUUUCCAGGCAAAGAUUUAAUUUUUAUAUUCUUGAAUAAGCAUUAGGCAACAAAAGCACUUUCUUUGGGUUUCACUGAUGUAUACUUUUUCAUACAUUGUAAUUUCUGACAAAUAUUACAUUUAUGUAUAGAGAAAAAGUCACUUUGUAUAAUCGCCAAUGUAAUAAAUCUAGAAACAUUUAUUAGCCUGGAUACAGAGAGAGAGAGAGAGAUGAUUAUGCUGAUUAUAUCUGAUGAUAUAUGCAAGCAAUAUCCUUAUAUGAAAUUUGCUUGUAUGAAGUAAAUGAAAGACUGAGGACGAUGUGAAACAUCAUUUUUAAUAUAGGUCGGCGGUUGUGAACUGCAAUUUCUCUCCAUUUUCUUCCUGAAUCCUGUCUACAGAGACUUUCAGUCAUGCAAAUUGUACACAAAUGCAUCCAACUUCUAAAAGGAAAAUAUAGUUUCAUUGGAAUCCUGCCACCGCCUAGUCCAGACUUUGCACAACCAGAUAUUUCCAGAUAUGUUGGGACUGCAAAUCCUUCACUUGCAGCUUGCAUAAUUCUCUAUGAGAUCGGUAGCUGGUACAUCCGGAAGACAAUAGAAUGUGGAAGGCAGAUGUAAAUGAUGCUUGGUGUAGGAUUCUGUUGUCUAGCUUGUGUGUAAUUGCAGUCUUCUCUUGCAACUUUGCAGCUUGCAUUGAAAAUAUAAUUCUACUCCUU